AGUAAUUUGGGGAUAUCUCAAAGCUUUUACUCAUUGUAAAACAUGAAGCAGAAAAGCACGCAAUCUCGGAGUUCUUCGGAUAAACUUACCGUGUAUCGGAAAAAAGAAUUUUUACAAAACUUUUGCUUCGACUGCCGCACAUCCUUAAGUACAGUAAUGAUUAAGACGCUGCAUCUUUUCGUUAACGUACCUUAUUAACUAAGCUCACAGGCCGUACUACUACAAGUAAAUAUCGGACCAAGGUCCAAUAUUCACCCAGAAAGAUCUUAAGCAAGCUUGCUAAAUGAAAGAAUUAGCACUCGGCUGAAAAUAAUCCCAUGAUAGAGAACUGGAAAGACGCCGUAAAGUUCUAGCGCAAAAUUCUAAUUGAGAGCCGACUAAACGGUUAACGUCCAAAUAGCCUGUUUCAGGCUCUCGGUGAGUGGACACAAUCGAAAAAGCGGGCAGGCGAUGAUAGAUCCCUUGAUAGAGAACUGGAAAGACGCUCUAAACUUCAAGUGCGCAAUUCUAAUUGAGAGUCGACUAAACGUUUACAACACGCUUUAACGUCCAGAUAGCCUGUUUCAGCGGGCGGGCGACGAUUAGAGUCUGGGAGAGGAAAGGAGAGAGCCGUAGGUCCCAGACCCCGCUCGUCGUUCUCCCCCUUCCCCCUCCACCCGCUUUGGAUCGUCCCCACUGACCAAGAGCCUGAAAUAGGCUGACGUCGAAAAGAACAUGAAAGAAGAGAAUUAUGAUUCUUCCCCCAUACAAGCCAGAGUUUCCCUCAGAAACAACCCCACGCAACCACACCCAGAACUAAUCAGCUGAUAGUUUAGGCUGAAGAUAGUUUGGGUUUGUCACUCUAAACUUCUAACAACCUGACCUGUUCUUUUAAUUGUUGAUAAAGCUAUGGCGACAAGACACCGAAGUCUACUCUUGCCAGGUCGUUUGCCUUGGUGUGGAUAUUGAUUGGUGUCACUGUUUGUUCUGUGAUGACUGCUACCCUCACCAGUGCGCUAACCAAUGUCAAGCUUGAGAAAUAUGACGUGACAACAGGAAAACGGGUUGGCGUCUUAAGGGACAGCCCGGCUUUUCAGGAUGCCGUCAAUUUGGUCGCUAACAUUACAACUCUUGAAGACCGUGAUGAGAUGUACGACUCGCUGACAAACCAAGAAGAAAUCGACGUGCUCGUAGAUGACAUUUUCAUUGGAAUUGAGUCUAUGAAGACGAAGGAUAAAACGCAACAAAUGUCAGUAGCCAACUUUAUACCACAUAACCGAGCCUACGGAGUGGCGUAUGGGCACUAUGUGUUUCAGGAGGGUAUCUCGGACUGUUUAUCAAAUGUGAUCAAGUUCCGUUACAAUGAUGUGCUUAAAAUCACAAGUAAUUACAUCAAAGAUUCUAAGGUGAGAUGAACUUCUGGAUUUAAAUUAUUCUAUAACACAUCCGGCUCUAGUUUAGUGACUGAUACUGAACCAAUAGCUAUAGAGGUAACGUAGUUUGAUAAAGUUAAGUCUGUAUGCGAGCCAAUUGGCCCAUCAGGCCGGAGCUUAAUUCGGUUUCUGUCAGCAUGAAGUGACUAGGAGUAUUUCUAUUCCCCCUUGGAUUGGCUGGCAGUCCACCGCAGGGCCCCAGCGUUAAGUUCGCCGGUACCCAUUUAUACACCUGGGUGCAGAGAGGCACUGUGAGAGUGAAGUGUCUUGCCUCAGAACACAAAGACAAUGUCCCGGCCAGGGUUCAAACCCGGAUCGCUCGAUCUGGAGACGAGCGCACUAGCCAUGAGACCACCGCGCCAUCCAUAAAGGUAAGGUAGCAAUCACUAGUUGGUUUAAUUGGAAUUCGACAAGAGAGGAUCAAGAAUAAGAGAGUUUACCUCCCAUACAUCUCUUAUUCUCAAGGUAAUCUCUUUUAAGUUAUUUUUAGAUCACUCCUGAUUUCGAAAAUCAAAAGAAGGUUUAGAAAAAACCAAUCCUGUGAGGUGGAUUUUGGUCACGUGGACAGCCCAAGCUGCUUUACACGCAUUUUCAUUCUCCUAGAAAACAUCCACGCGACGCGCGUAGUAUACUUGUCCGCGGAAAAACAGGGUACCAUGUCUUAAAAGAACUCUUUCAACGUGAUAGUUUUUAUUUAUCCAAGUAACAAAAUUUCUCAUUUAACUCUAAAAGGGUUUUUACAUUAAAGAAAGGAAAAGACUUCUACAUUAACUCAUAAUACUGAAUACAAUGGUAAUGAUGGCAUCCGUCGACAGUGAUAUUUGCUCUGUUAACCAUUCAAGCCCGGGAUGACGUCAUAUCACGGCACGUGUAAACAAAACUAUGGUUCAUGGGCAAAAUAAUGCC